CGAUCGAGCCAGUAACGCGUGCGCUGCGAAGUUGAGCGGGUGCUCCCUGCGAGGGCAGAAACCGGCUUCAUCUAAGCGUACGGACACAAAGUCCAUUAAAAGAGUCCGGCUAGAAGAACAGAAACAAAAGAAGAAACAACAUGGCUUCAAUUAAAGGAAUCCUUCUUGUGCUAUCGUUUAGCUGCCUCUGUGCUGUUCAGAGCCGGAUUCAACCGGCCGAACGCGUCUUUCCGAGCGACAUUAACAAAGCUUUUAUCCCGACGGUGCGCCAAACGCUGAACGAUUGUCAUCUACGCUAUCACAAGUACGGGGACUACUAUCUGGUGUAUCCCAUCUACGGUGUGCCGGCCAGGCAGGGAGAAUUCUCGCAUAUGGCGGCAAUCGGGUGGCGGCGUUCGAACGGCUCCCUUAGCUUCGAUUGCGGAGGAUCGCUCGUAACGACGCGCCACGUGCUGACCGCAGCGCACUGCGCGCUAAACGACGAUGGUAUGGCCCCGCAAGUGGUACGUUUGGGUGUGAUUGACAUCACCGCCGGGCUGUACGAUCCGCAAAACCAGUUUGCCCAGGAGUAUAGCAUCGCGAGCUUCACCCGUCAUCCGGAACAUGAAUUUCGAACCGAAUACCACGACAUUGCACUCAUCACGCUGGACCGUGCCGUCACCCUAACCAGCGCGGUAGUUCCGGCUUGCCUCUGGACCGGUGCGCAAGUGCCCGACCGCCGCAUGGAAGCGGCCGGUUUCGGCCAAACUAGUUUCGGUGGAGAACGUACACCGAUUCUGCUGAAGGUGCAGCUUUCUCCCGUCACUAAUGCAGCGUGCAGUCGGUUCUAUCCUGCGGGUCGUCGGCGCCAGCAGGGUUUGAUCGAUCAACAGCUUUGUGCGUCCGACGAACGGAUGGACACGUGCCAUGGUGAUUCGGGCGGUCCGCUGCAGAUGAAGCUGAUGGCAAACAAUCGACUCAUACCGUUCAUCGUGGGCAUUACCUCGUUUGGACGGUUUUGCGGUACAGCCACACCGGCCGUUUACACCAGGGUGUCCUCGUAUGUCGAUUGGAUACAAACGGAAACGGGACUAUCGUUCGAUGCUAGAGCCUGUGCCGCACGCCACAUCAAUGUCCGCGAAAUCGAAGAAGCCAUGAUAGCGAACCGUAUAGGGGAUAAAGUAUUCGUCGAACCGGAGAGAAGUUACAUGGAUCUGGAAACGGUAGCGAAGCAUCGGGUCUAUCUUGGAUACGCCGCGACCAGCGGACGGAUACAGUGGAACUGUGGCGGUGUGUUGAUUAACGAGAACUAUGUACUAACGGUGGCGCACUGCGAUCGUUUCAUCUUGAACAAAUCGCCCGAAUACGUAAAGGCUGGCGAUUUAGACAUUUUCAAGGAUCAUCCCCAGGCUCAAAUCGUUCCAAUCGACCAGUUUAUUAAACAUCCGGCCUAUCGUGCCGGUGGAUCGAUCGAUAAUGACAUAGCGCUCGUGAAACUUCAGCGCAACAUACGAUUUGAGCCGACUGUGGUGCCGGCGUGCAUACUGAACACAGAAUCGCUUACGCUUCCGUUCUACGAAAUGGCUGGAUUGGGUCCUUACAACAUGAACAACUUCCUAAUGGAUGAUGAGCCUUUAUCAACCAACAAUACGCUUGUACUUACAAGGAUGCGAGCGGACAGUAGCUCGUGCAGCUGGCAGUCGAGCAAUAAGGUCAUGUGUACCAGAAACAACCAAUCGCUAGUACCAGGAACUUGUCGGAUCGAACACGGCGGACCAUUGGAAAGAGAGAUCUGGCAUCAUGACCGAUACUACACGUACGUGUUUGGGUUGAACGUGGCCGGUGACGAUUGUGGCUUUGGGUCGGAAGCAAUGUACGUCAAAAUUGCUUCCCACAUAAAGUGGAUAGAGCAGACAGUGCUUGGCACCGGCAACAACCGACGCCAGAUCAGAUCCACCCGAUCCAAACGGCAAAUUUUGUUCCCGAACUCGGGGGAAAAUGUUGCCACCUAUUCGACGGCCCAAUCCUGUCAGCUUCCGGACGGACGAAGAGGAUCUUGCGUGCCGUAUGGGUCCUGUGCAAAGGAAUUGAUGGGACCGAUCAUUUCCAUCUGUCAGCAUGCAUUUGCACCGAUCGUUUGCUGCCCCAGCACUACGACACCCUCCAGCUCACUAACGCGACCAACACGCUUAACGGUCACUGGAACGGCACCGCAAACGAAUCCUGCGUCCGGCUAUAAGCUGAACAGCUGUGUGUCCUACUGGAAGCAAUACAAGCGUCCUCCAGCAGAGGAGUUCGAGCACAUCCCUUCCGAGGGUAGACCGGUUGCGGAUGAAGAGUAUCCGCACAUUGUUACGAUCGGCGAUGCACAAAGGAAGGCCUGGCCGUGCACGGGUGUACUGCUGAGUGAUCUGUACGUAUUGAGUGCGGCUAGCUGUCUUGCAUCGGGUCGUGGUUUAAAAUCGGUCGGAAUGGGAACUCGAAGCUCUACCACCUUCGAAAUAGACGAGAUCAUCAACCACCCGUCAUACGCGCAAGGCAUGAGCAACUUGGCGUUGGUGCGGGUCAAGGGACGCGUGCCAUUCUCCUCCAAUAUGCUGCCCGCCUGUUUGUGGACCAAGAGCGAAAUGGUGCCGUUGAAGCUGUACACCAUUGGAAGAGGCACAGGUGGCCAAAUGCAUGUGUAUCCAAGAAGCGCCAUGUACAAUGCCGAUUGUCGAUCGCUGCCCAGCGGAAGCAAUUUGAUUCUAGACACGGAGCAUGUAUGUGUGGAAAACUACUAUCACACUGACACUGUCUGUGCGGAUUUGCCCGGCAAUCCGGUUGAAGGCAUCGUCGAAUACAACGGUACACGCAUUCCACUGGUCGUGGGAAUGACGUCCCAUACCCUCGGUUGCCUAAUGUCUCCAAACGCCCAGUCAAUAUCAAUCUUGUCGCGGAUUGCAGCACACACGAGUUGGAUCAAACAGAUCGUUGAACGAUAAAGCUUAGUCGCGCAUCGGUGACCAAGGAAUGUGGAGAAAUUGAGGACAAGCAUGUUUUAAAUUAGCAUAUCUCUUACGACACAAUAAAUUUAAAUAUUGUACCGUUUACUUCUUCCUGUAGAAGUUGCCUGAGAAA